AUGAUCAAUAGCACCGGAAUAUUAUUGGUAUCCGGCGCCAUCUCCAACAGUUUAGAAAAAUAUAAACCGAUGAAACUGGAGGGGAAUCCUCUUGUACUUACACAAGACGAUAAGUUAAGGAGGUUCCGGCGCCGUGACUUGGGAAAAGUUGUGCAAACAAUCAAAAGGGUAUUCCGGAGUAAACCAAACUUGACCACACCAUUGUUGGACCAAUUAUACAAAAGUAUAAACCAUCAGGGGGAGUCGACUUUGUCAACGGUAUACCUACAGAAAUAUUUGCACAUCGAUAGCAGGGAGCCAAUAAUAGUUUUUUGGAACGGAACGACAGAUCUAACAAUUGUAAAAAGAUUAAGGUUAAGGGGUAUAUUAGCGUUUUUAAAUAUAACGGCGUACAGUGAUAGGAAUAAUAAUGAAUUUAAUUUAAAACUAACUAACAUAGAAACAAGAGAAACCUUAUAUUCAGGGUACAUAGGAAAACUUAAUAAAAACGGCAGGAUGUUAAACUUAUUAGAAGCACAUGGAUUGGUGUGCAAUACGAAUCAUCAUAUCACGCAUUGUCACGAUCCAAUUGCUGAUGUAAUUUUAACCAAAUGCGUUUUUGACUAUGAAGUCACGAAAAUAAGGCCGAUAUAUUUGUAUAGACUAGGUAGAAAAUAUAGGAAAAAAUAAAAAUAUAUAUAGAGAUUUUUAGGAUAAUUUCACGGUGAAGGUAAUUACGUAGACUUAACACAGUUAUAUUAUUUUAGAUUUAUCGAAGAAUUAAAAAAAA